AUGGCCCCCUUUACUGAUAUUCAAGGGCGUGAUUCCCUCGGCAAGGCUCUGGGAUAUGCCGAGAGGGUUCCGUGCUUGCAAUAUGAGUGCUCGAGGUGCUUGUGUUGGCCGUGUUUAGUUGCUCGGCUCUACUAUAGCAUGUGGCCUCAGAGGAGGUCUUUAUACGUUUCUGGGGGGGUUUCUAGUGAGGUGGAAGAAAUAGUCUUCGCCCUAGAAGCCUCCCAUGAGAGCAUUGUGGGCUGUCGCCUCAUCACAGCCCUCGUAGCGAGCAUAUUCGUUGUUGAAGUGGGUGACAUAGUCUCGUAG